AUGACCGUCGCUGCUGUGGAUCCAGACGAGCCCGUUGGCGCACCCCGGAGAGUAACCCCUCCCGGAAUUCCGUGCCGUCCUCGGGAAACUAGCUGCCGUCAAUCUCUCGGGGCGGAGGUUGACAGCCAACACCAACAGCCCCAGCGAGCGUGUGCUCACGCCCGCCAUUUCUCACCGGCGGCCAAACAACCGCCGCCCAUCUCCAGCUCGUCCUCAAUCCCGGAUUACUGGAGCGGGUCCCCACCCCUGCGACCCUUCGCCACCCCCUCGAAGCGAAGCCACCGCCCACUGAGCAACCUGGUACCCGACAGAGUCUUCGUCCCAGUCGAGUCGAAGCCGUCCUGGCCCCCUUGCUCCUCGCCGCCGCCGCUCGAGCAGAGUGCCCAGCAGCCACGGAACGUUGAGAUCGCCGCAGCCCUGAACGCCUCGCAGCACCUCGACGAGAAGCCGCCGCCAGCCAAGCAACCGGGCGCCCGACAGAGUCUUCCUCCUUGUGGAGUCGCAGCCGUCCUGGCCCCCUUGUUCCCAGAGCCGCCGCCCGAAGAGAGUGCCGAUUCGUCUCAAGAGUUAGAGUUUGCCGCGAUCCGGGACGCCGCCACAGUGCCCCGACCGAGUGGUUUUUCGAGCGCCCCCACCCAAGAAGCUGCCGGAACGGGAACCCCUGCAAGGGAAGUGCCGUCCGCCAGCGCACAUCCGUUGCAGGAGCCGCCGUCCAUCGAGAUCGUCUCUGGACCGCCGCCCUCCGCAAAUAGUGCGAUCCAAACUGCCGCCGCCGCCGAGUCCUACGGGACCACACCGCCGCCGCCUGCAGAAGGAGAGGAAUCGGACGUGCUCCAAGUGGACUCCGCCUUGAGCCGAUUAUUCGCCGAAUACUCAUCCGGAGACCCACCGCCAAUCACCGUAACUACGGGAAAACAACUGGAGACUGGAAAUCCUAAAGCUGAACGUGGCGGGAUUCAGUCUCCGUCCGCCCAAGCAACGUAA